AUGGCACCCUCUGGAGCGUUUGGCCCCCGACAGGUACAAUUCGCAUGUGCCGGUGCCUCGCCAACAAAAUGUUUUUUCACUGCUGAUUUUACCUUCCAUUCAUCUGCUCCCGACCUCCCCUAUUCCCAAACACUACAAAGAAGAUUCACACGCUCAUCACCUACACAAUAUAAUUACAUACCCUCUUCCGACACCCUGGUCAUCACUUCUCGCCGCCGGGUCCGUCAGGCUGUCAGUUCCCCCGACUCCUCACCCCCUUUCACUUCGGUUCCCCUGUUCCAGCGCGACGGGAGGCCAGGACUUGCCUACGCCUUCAGUCCAAAACAAGUGUUACAAACUUCCGCCUCCUCUGCUCUCCUGGUGCCGGCCGACGGCCCCUGCUUUCCAGCCUCGGAGAGAAGCUGCGCUGGCAGUGGCCAGACUCAGUUAGCCGGUGGCCCUUACUUAGGGUCGGUGAUAAUAGAGAAGAGCACUGCAUAUUUCCCGGAUGCCCUGGGGCGACGUACAACGGAGCUCCCACAACCCUCUUCGCUUCCGCUUGUUCCACCCCCAAACUCCGACAUUAACCCCUUCACGUCCAUGUUUAUUGGCCUAUCGACGACUCCAGGCACGCAGAUUGCAUCACUGGGAGAUCCCCGACACUUACAUGGACUGUCCUGCCCAGGCAAACAGUUUGAUUGCUCAUCCCAAGAACUUCCCCAGGAAACAAAGUUAAUAUUCAAAAGUGUCACUUUCCUAUAUACCUGCAAUGAUCAAGUGGCGUUUGAAAUGAAAAACACAAUACUAUUUACAUUUAGCACUCCCAAUGAUCUAUAGCUUCAGUGCAAUCCUGAUCACAAUCCCAACAAAUUAUUUUGUGGAUAUCGACGGACUGAUCCUAAAGUUUAUAUGGAAAGUCAAAAGACCUGGAAUAGCCAACACAUGCUGAAGAACAAAGUCAGAGGACUGACACUACCCAACUUGAAAACCUACUAUAAAAGCUACAGCAGUCAAAACAGUGUGGUAUUGGCAAAAGAAGAGACAAAUAGAUCUGUGUAACAACAUACAGUCCUAGUACAGACCAACAAAAAAUAAUCUUUGACAAAGGAGAAAAGAUACUCUUUUCAACAAAUGGUGCUGGAACAACUGGUCAUCCACAUGCAAA